AUCCCUCUCUCUCCUCCCUCUCUCAAUUCCCAAAAUCCUGGGAACUAUAGCUCUGUGCUUCCUUCCAGCGGGUUGGACUAGAUGACCCUUGAGGACCUUCCAUCUCUCCCAUUCUAGGAUGCUCCCCUUCUCUCUCACUCUUCCUCUCCUUUUAAUGGCACUUUCCCCCUUUACCCCCCUAGCUGGGCCUCCAUUUCCUAGCUGGGCCGUCUAUGGGAACUCAAGCACCAGCGCCUGCAACUGCUGGGAUUGCUCUGACGAGAGCCAUUGCAGCUACCAGAAUGGGCUGCCACCACCGGGCACCGCCUUGGCCUGCGACUUUGAAGGCACCACCUGUGGCUAGGAGGAUGUCAGCACGUAGAGUACCUGUGACAUCCAGAGCAGAGGCUGGGCGCGUGGCGCCAACCCCCCCUUUGACCACAUGCGGGGUACCGACAAGGGCUGGUACAUGAGCAUCUCGGAGCAGUGAGCCAAGCCGCCUGCCGCCCCCGCCCGACUCCGCUCCCUGACCCUGAGCAACGCGGCCUCAGCCUGUGAGCUCCACGUCUGGUACAGCAUGGCCAAGACAGGACUCAACAGGACCUUCACAUUGGAGCUGAGCCAUGGCAGCCACGUUGUCCCCCGGUGGCGAAGCCCCACCUCGUCCUCUGCCGCCUGGUGCCCCCUGCUGGCCUACACUGGAAGAGUCCUUGGCGCUUUCCAGGUGAUCUUCUCCUCGGUGACGAGCGUGGCACUGGACGACGCCCAGUUCAGGAACUGUGGCCCCCAAAGUCCCCGGAGCUGCGCCCCAGACAAGCGCCCGUGCCUGCCAAGCAGCUGCGUGGCCCCUGCCCACCUUUGCAAUGGCACCAAAGACUGUGGUGACGGUGGAGAUAAACGGGGUUACGAGGCCUUCCUCUUGCUCCCCUUCGAGGAGGGCUGGUGCAGGUGGACAGCAGACGCCUACGAGAGCCUCUCCUGGGCGAGGAAUUGCAGCUCCCAGGCACCGCCAUCCCCACCCUGCCCCCCCCGCGACCACACCACCAACACGCCGGAAGGGUACUUCAUCUACGUCGCCGGCACCCACCCAGGCCGAGCUGAGCUGCUCAGCCACACCCUGGUGGCGGACGGGUCCUGCCAUGUGAGUCCCCUAUCAUUAUCA